AUUUACACGAAGAAAAAUGGCGGAGAGGAGCUGUGGAGGCUGCAUCGGUUGAGCUGCUGGCAGUUUAAACAACAACAGAGGGGCACACAGUCGCCCUGGACCGGGGCCGGAGUGUACGGAGGGCCCUGCCGUGCGAGCAGGCCGAGGAUAACCUCUGAACCGGCGGACACUGCACUUCACUGUCCUCGAACCGAGCCGUGCCGAGCCGAGCCGAGCCGAGCGGAGCCACAAAAAACAACUCGGACAUGAACGGGGAGAUUGUAUGCAAUAGCCAUUCAGUCACUGUCUUAAGCUGCACAAACUGCAUAUCACCAGUUCUCGAUGAAAUCAAGCUGACACAGCAGGGAAGGUGCUCUCCAAUAUGCUUCCAGCAAAUUAAUGCUCAGAGGCCGGGAGAGGGCAGGAGAACAAACCCCAUCAGCACUACGGCAAAACACUCCAAGACUCGCUUCCCCGAGAUGGAGAGCAGCUACAGCCAGCGUUCACCCUGCUGGUCAGAUGAACAGCACUCGCCUCCGCAGCUCCACUGCGCUCAGAACUGCCUUCGCCCCCCCACCGAACUCCCCCUGCGCGACAGCCUGUCUCACGCUCCGCUCCUCGCCAACAACAACGGCGGCUCUCUUCACAGCCGCCAGAGGAGGGCCGUCCGCCUCAAACCCAAAGGAAAGAAAUCCACACUAAGACCUGCAGGCAGAAAAAACUCCCAAAACCGGAAAGUUACCGACUACUAUCCAAUAAGAAGAAGCUCAAGAAAAAGUAAAACAGAGAUUGAGUGUGAAGAAAAGAAGCUCAUAGAUGAUCUCAUCACUAAAGGAAUAGAAGAAGGAAUGGAGGUGCGGCACAUAGAAGGAAAGGGAAGAGCGGUGUUCGCCACGCGGUGUUUCCAGAAAGGCGAGUACGUGGUGGAGUACCACGGAGACCUGCUGCAGAUCACCGACGCCAAAAAGAGGGAGGCCGAAUACGCUCAGAACCCUGCCACCGGCUGCUACAUGUACUACUUCCAGCACCUCUGCAAAACCUACUGCGUGGACGCAACAAAAGAGUCUGGUCGGAUGGGAAGGUUGAUAAAUCACAGUAAAAACGGAAACUGCCAAACCAAACUCCACGACAUCAACGGCGUCCCUCACCUCAUCCUCGUGGCCUCUCGCGACAUCGACGGGGGCGAGGAGCUGCUCUACGACUACGGGGACCGCAGCAAAGCCUCCAUCGCAGCUCACCCCUGGCUCAAAUACUGAUCCUCGAGGAGGAGGAAGAA